AUGAGUAGAUCUCGUUCACCUAAAUAUCGUCAAUCUAGACGAGAACAUUCUCCGGAUGAUAUGAUUGAUCAAUUGAAUAUUCGUUCUCGAACUUGUUAUUCAUUUGCUCCAUCACAACGGAAGGAUAAUGGACACGAAGAUAAUUGUGAAUGUAGACGCCCUCAGGACGAACAUUCAGAUAAAAACCAAAUAGGAAAUUCACGAUGGACCAUGGAAUUAAAUACUCGAGAAGAAAUUAAUGCUGAACACGGUCAACUUCCGAAUGGUGCACAGUUUGUUCGAUUAGCUUUGGAUACACCGAAAGAAAAAGCUGAAAAAAUUCUUCUCCAUGCUUGGAAACUUCCAGAACCUUCAUUUAUUGUGUCAGUUGUUGGUGGUGCAAAACAUUUUAAAAUGAGUGAUCAACUUGAAACAAAUUUUAUAAAUGGUCUUAUUGAUCUAGUUAACAAAUCAGAUGCAUGGCUAGUUACAAAUGGAUAUGCUACUGGUAUAGUACGACUGGUUGGAGAAGCAAUUCAUCAAUUUGAAUUAUCAAGAUUCAAUGAAAAUCCCAUCACUGCUAUUGGUAUUUGUAAAUGGGGUUGUAUAAUGGAUGUAGACAAAAUAACGCUUCCAAUGGAUGAAGAAACACAGCAGUUAACUACUCAUACAUUGGAUGUUACUCCCAAUAAUAGAUUAAAACAACGUCGUUCUGGUGAAUGGGAUCUUGAAAUGCAUCAUAGUCAUUAUCUUAUGUUAGAUGAUGGUACUACUCGCAACUAUGAUACACAAAAUUAUCGAACACAUCUAGUCACUCAUAUGGCAAAAAUAAACAAUGAACAUGAUUUUUUCGUACCUGUGGUUACUAUUAUGGUUGAAGGUGGUCUAGAUUCAAUAGAAAAUAUAUAUUAUGAUUUAAGAUCCAAUAUUCCUGUUAUUAUUAUUGAUGGUAGUGGUCGUGCUGCUGAUUUUUUUACUCGUUGGUUACUAUGGACGAAGGAUCUUGAUAAUGAUGUUGAAAAUCAAGAUAUUGUCUGUGAAAUUGAAGAACUGGAUGAUGAAGAUGACAUAAAACAAUUUACUAAAGUUAUGUAUUGUCUACAACCAGCUGUUCGUUUUCAUUUAACUGUAUUCAAUUUAAAUUCCGACACUGAUUUAUCAGAAACAAUUUUCCGCAGUAUUUGUCGCUCACGUCAAAGAUUCAUAAAAAUGAAAGAACAAAAAACUAAUGAGCAACUGGAAACGCGUAGAAGAAGAUUAGCAAAAUUAAAUUCUGGCAAACAAAAAACUGAUGAUCUAGCAGAUCGUUCUAAGAUUAUGAAAAAGGAUCAAGUUGCAGAACAAACAAGACUACUUGAUUUAGCAAUGAAAUGGGAUUGUAUUACCGUUGCAAGAGAAUUUAUAUUUCAAAACUCAUUAGAUAAUAUUUUGGGAAAAGAUAAAUAUUUUAUAAAAGCUUUGAAAGAAAAUUUACCAAACUUUGUCUAUGAAUUUCUUAAAUUAGGAAUUGAUCCAGCUAAUGUAUUCUUUUCAAAAAAACGACAUUCGGAAACAAAAUCUCGAUAUGCCAGAUUUAUCAAAGAGCUUUAUGAUAAUAAGUUAAUGGAUAUCGGUAAAACUCAUUUAAAAAAAUUUAUUCAAAUUAGUAAACAUGAUACUAGCAGAAUAAUUAAUGAUGUUGAAUCACUUAAUUUGCUUCUGAAGCAUCUUAUUGGUGCUUAUAUGUAUGAACUUUAUUUUGACACACUAGAAGACGAACACAAUUAUCAAAAAAAAUGGGGAUUAAUAGAGGAUUCUGGAACAUUAAAGCAAGAUGAAAAUGAAAAUACUAUAAACGAAAAAGAUUUAUUACUGAAGCCAGAAGAAAAAAAAGACUAUAAAUAUAUAAUGCGUGAUUUAUUUUUAUGGGCUGUUCUUAUGAAUCGUAUUGAGAUGGCCAAAGUUUUUUUAUCUUUUAUGAAAAAUCGAAUCUGUCCAGCAUUGAUUGCAACAAAAAUUUUAAAACAAUAUCAUUCAGUAGCAACCUAUGGUGAUUUAAAAAAGGCUUAUAUAAAGGAUGCAACAUAUUUUGAAAAAUAUGCCAUUACUUGUCUAGAUAAAUGUGAUGAUCAUGAUGUUCAUAAAUCAUGUGAAAUAAUUUUACGACAAAAUGAACUUUACGGAUAUGUUACUUGUCUUCAAGUAGCUUCUGACGCGCAAGAUAAAUUAUUUAUUGCAGAACCAGCUAGUAUAGAAGCUAUGAAUAAUAUUUGGUAUGAUAAACUUCAUCCGGAACAAGCAAGUUAUCGUCAUCGAUUGGCUUUGUUUUUUGGAAUUGUUUCACUUGGCCUUUUGGCUCCUGUAUUUGUUAAAUACAGAGAAAGCAAAGAGGCACGAAAAAGAAAGGAAGCUGUAUCAGAAAAGUUUCGAGAUAAUGGUAUUAAUUAUGGUGAUCCUAAACUGCUGGAAUAUCCACUCAUUCUUAGAUCACAAACAGAUAGUGCACCCAUUCUUUACCUGCGGAAACUGGCCAAAUUUCAUCGCUCGUUACCUAUGAAAUUUUGUUAUCAUGUGAUAACCUAUAUUUUCUUUCUUUUACUUUUCUCGUAUUUUCUUCUGUUCAAUUUCUCACCACCAAAAUCUCAAAGACCAUCAAUACAUUGGACUGAAAUAUUAACAAUUAUUCUUGUUUCAUGUAUUUUAAUAGAAGAAAUUCAUUAUUUUUUCACUCAAGACAGUUUAACCUUUGAAGGAAAAUUAGAAAGUUACAGGCGUGAUUAUUUUAAGCCCAUGACAAUACUUGCAAUUAUUCUUUUCUACAUUGGUUUAAUUCUAAGAUUUGCGAAUGCAGGUUCCGAAGAUAAAUUUAUGGCAGCCAGAAUUGUGAUGGCUAUCGAUCUCGAAAUUUGGUGGCUUCGUUGUCUAUCAUUCAUUAUUGUUAUACCAUAUCUUGGACCACAUCUGGUAGCUAUUUGGAAAAUGAUUCAAGAUCUUUUAUUUUUUAUGGUUAUUAUUGCAGUAGUGAUGAUUGGUUAUGGUGUUGCAUCUCGUUCAAUGGUUUAUUAUCCAAGAGCGAACAAUUUUACAAUGGAAACAGGUGGUUCUAUAAAUAAUAGUUUUGAUGGUAGAACUGUUUUUCGUCAUAUUAUAUAUCCUGUCUAUUAUUUCUUAUACGGAGAUUUUGGUGACGAAUUAACGAAUCUUGAUAGUAACCCGGAGGCUGGAUGGUCAAUUGCAGAUCAUGUAUUACUUGCUAUUCAUAUGAUAUUUGUGAAUAUUUUAUUAACUAAUUUACUUAUAGCCAUGUUUACUAAACGAUUUGACAAAGUCUAUGAAGAUACACGAAAUAUUUGGCAUUCACAACAAUAUUUAUUUACGCGUGAAUACUUCUCACGUUCACCAUUUUUACCACCAAUAAGUCUUUUGUAUGAUAUUUAUUAUUUGGCUCGUAUGUUUUUCUUCUAUAUAAGACGAAAACAUUUUCAAAAAUCAGCAGAUCGAGAUUCUCGCGUAUUCAAAAUUAUUUCCAAAAAGAAGCACACUAUAAAAGAAUGGAAUGAUUUUGAAGAUGCAUUCACAUCUGAAUAUGCUCACGACGAAGUAAAAGCCUUGAACAAUGCAUCUAUAAAAUCAAAAUCUGGAUCGGAUUCAGAUAAUAAAGAGAACAAAGACGAUAUGAUGAAAGAUCAUAGUGGUUUAACUGAUGCUAACAAUAAUCUGAAACAAGUACAAAAUGAUUUAAACAAGUUGAAAGUGCUUGUUGAAGGACUGAACAAAGAAUUGAAUGACGAAAUUGAAAAAAAAAUUAGUCAAAACGGAGAUCCAACUAAUCCAUGA